CAGCGCCGAUGCGGAUAUCCGGGAUCCUGUCACUGAGAUUAUUCUCCCACAUUUGUGCACUUUGACUUCUUCUCGGCUCUUUAGCUCCGCAGUUUGCAGACAUGUCGUCCAGCGGUGAAGUCGUGUUCCGGGCCCUGGAGACGCCGCUGCUCUGCCUCGGGGCUGUGACCGCGGCCUGGUUCUCUGUGUGCACCGUGUGUCGGCUGCUGACCGGCUUCAGGCUCUGGGUCCUGGGCAACGGGCGCCUGGUGUCCCCCACCCAGCUGGGGAAGUGGGCAGUUGUGACAGGAGCCACAGAUGGGAUUGGGAAAGCUUACGCAGAGGAGCUCGCCCGCAGAGGCUUUGGAAUCGUGCUGAUCAGCCGCACUCAGGAGAAGCUGGAUGAAGUAUCCAAGUUUAUCUCAAGCAAAUGUGGCGUGGAGACUAAAACGAUCGCAGCAGACUUCAGUGCCGUCGACAUCUACCCUAAGAUUGAAGAAGGACUCGCAGGGCUGGAGAUCGGUGUACUGGUGAACAAUGUUGGAGUAUCUUACUCUUACCCUGAAUUCUUCCUGAACGUUCCCAAUCUCGACACUUUCAUCGACAACAUGGUCAACAUUAACAUAACAUCAGUUUGCCAGAUGACUCGGCUCGUUUUGCCUCAGAUGGUGGAGAGGAAGAAGGGGGCCAUCCUCAACAUCUCCUCCGCCAGUGGGAUGUACCCUGUUCCCCUUCUCUCUGUGUACUCUGCCUCCAAGGCAUUUGUGGACUUCUUCUCACAAGGACUGCAAGCUGAAUACAAGGGCAAAGGCAUCAUCAUCCAGAGCGUUCUGCCAUUUUACGUUGUGACCAAGCUGAGUAAAAUCCGUCGGGCUACGCUGGACAAGCCGACUCCAGAACGCUACGUCGCAGCCGAGCUCAACACCGUGGGGCUCCAGACCCAGACCAAUGGAUACCUGCCCCACGCCAUCUUAGGCUGGGUGACCACGGCUCUGCUGCCUACCAAGAUCCUCAACAUGUACGUGAUGUCGAUGGGGUUGUCCCAGCGCGCUCGUUACCUCAAGAAACAGAAGCAGGGUUAGAUCGAGUGGCAGCGGCAGACGGAGGGGACCACGUGGUAACGACUCGUCCAAACAUCAUCAUCAUCAUCAUCUUCAUCUUGGACCAGGAAGAGGGAAUCUAAUCCAACAUCUAUUCACAGAUGAUGUGAAGCAGUAUCUGGCCACAGUUGGCAAUAGUGUGUAAAAUAAAAUAUUGUUUUUUUAACGAUUGAUCCAAAAGACGCAUUAACAGGGAAACUAAAACCAAUACUAAAGACUAAUCCUCUGGCGCUAAAUUGUUAUCAACAAUUCAAUCUACAGGAGAAGGUUGUAGAAAACGUGUGUGUUUGCUUGUGUGUGUGUUUGAGACUCGUAGGACGAUGGACGGAGGCUUGAACUGUCGACUCUUUCUAAAUGACUUGGGCUAAGUGUUAUAAAGGAGGGUGAGACGGGUUAUUAAGAUGUGAUGUGUUUACAAACUCGAUUUUCAAAUUAAUUCCAACGACCAAAUCUGCAGAUGAGAACAAUGAAAUGAUGUUUUACCUUUUGACUUUGUGUUUUAAAAUCUACAUCUACAGUGUCUGUCGGUGUUCGUCAGUAGUUUAGUCUCAUGCUUCACUUGCUUGGGCUCAGAUAUCAACUCUUAAGUUAUUCUGUAUUAAUCCGAAUGGACACUUUGUACCUAACGUUUUGCUUAUACUACUGUUAAAGUGCAGCAGCUGGGGAAGUCAGUUUUAUUAUUAUUGUUUUUCUCUUGGAGCAGUGACAUUAGAGUUGAUUCCUUAAAGCCGGGAAGCAGAAAAGCUGAAUAUCUGGAUGCUAUUGUUAUGUACUGACGAUUGGAAAAUUGCAUUUGUCCAUCCAGUCUACAAUAAAUAUGCUUUUCAAAUAA